CGCCGCCUCCCCCGGCAAAGUUUCGCUGCAGCAGCAGCGGCGGCCGCGGCCCAGCCCGCGCCUCACGGAUACCCGCCCCGGGGAGGCCGCCUGCUCCGCGCCGGGACUAAAUUGGUGGAAUUGAUCAUCAUUUUUAUGUGAAGACUUCAUCACUGACAUCUCUAUGUUCCUUUGUCAUCCUUCAGGAAAUAGUACGGCUCAUCAGUUGCAAUAACUGCUUUGGGUGUACACUGACAUUCAUUUGGAAAAAAACCAAAUAAAUAAACAAGAAACCCACAGACAAAACCCAACAAACUUUUGAAGACUUGAGUCAAAUGACGUCAAUGGCCAGUUUGUUCUCCUUUACUAGCCCAGCUGUAAAGCGUCUGUUGGGCUGGAAACAAGGAGAUGAAGAGGAAAAAUGGGCAGAAAAAGCUGUUGAUGCUUUGGUAAAAAAGCUGAAAAAGAAAAAAGGUGCUAUGGAAGAACUGGAGAAAGCCUUGAGCAGUCCAGGGCAGCCCAGCAAGUGUGUUACUAUCCCGCGCUCUUUGGAUGGACGGCUCCAGGUUUCUCACAGGAAAGGCCUUCCCCACGUGAUUUACUGUCGUGUGUGGCGCUGGCCAGAUCUACAAAGCCAUCACGAGCUGAAGCCAUUGGAUAUUUGUGAAUUUCCUUUUGGAUCCAAACAAAAGGAAGUCUGCAUCAAUCCAUACCACUACAAGAGGGUGGAGAGCCCAGUUCUACCUCCAGUGUUAGUGCCUAGACAUAGCGAGUUCAACCCCCAGCACAGUCUGCUAGUUCAGUUCAGGAACCUCAGCCACAACGAGCCCCACAUGCCACACAACGCGACAUUUCCGGACUCCUUCCAGCAGCCCAACAGCACUCCGUUCUCCAUCUCACCAAACAGCCCCUACCCCCCUUCUCCAGCCAGCAGCACUUACCCGAGCUCCCCAGCCAGCUCUGGGCCAUCCAGUCCCUUUCAGCUGCCAGCUGAUACUCCACCUCCUGCUUAUAUGCCCCCUGAUGAGCAAAUGGGGCAGGAUAAUUCACAGUCUAUGGACACAAGCAAUACGAUGAUCCCUCAAAUAAUGCCAAAUAUAUCUACCAGAGAUGUUCAGCCUGUUGCCUAUGAAGAACCCAAACACUGGUGUUCCAUUGUGUAUUAUGAGUUAAAUAACCGUGUUGGGGAGGCUUUCCAUGCAUCUUCCACAAGUGUCUUAGUAGAUGGGUUUACAGAUCCCUCCAAUAACAAGAACAGGUUCUGCUUAGGUUUGCUCUCCAAUGUUAAUCGCAACUCAACGAUCGAGAACACUCGACGGCACAUUGGCAAAGGAGUUCAUCUCUACUAUGUUGGUGGAGAAGUCUAUGCUGAGUGUUUAAGUGAUAGCAGCAUAUUUGUACAGAGCAGGAACUGCAACUACCACCAUGGCUUUCAUCCAACAACUGUAUGCAAGAUUCCCAGUGGAUGCAGUCUGAAAAUUUUUAACAAUCAGGAGUUCGCUCAGCUUUUAGCUCAGUCUGUCAACCAUGGAUUUGAAGCAGUGUAUGAACUCACCAAAAUGUGCACCAUUCGAAUGAGUUUUGUAAAGGGCUGGGGAGCUGAAUAUCACCGGCAGGAUGUCACAAGCACCCCGUGCUGGAUAGAAAUUCAUCUUCAUGGGCCCCUCCAGUGGCUGGAUAAAGUACUUACACAAAUGGGUUCUCCUCUUAACCCCAUCUCAUCUGUUUCAUAGUGCUGAAAUUCUACCUUCAGCUGUAUUUUUAGCGAACUUAUUCUAAUUCUAGAGAAACUUCCAGUGGAUACUGUGAGCUACAUGGAGAAUGGAUCUUAUGAUUUAACUUUUUUUUUUAGAUCCCUUUGUGACCAAUUCCACUGUGUAUAGCUAAUCAGUUUUACAUUUCGAAUUGUCCUUGUGAUGCUUAAGUGACAGUUGAGCCCUAAGGGAAAAAAUAGUCUAUUGAAAAGUCAGAACACUUUUCCCCUUCUUCCCCUUAAAACUUAGACAAAUGUCUUAACUGGAAAACCUUUUUGUCCUAUAGGGACAAGAAUUAAUGAGGACUGACUUCAGAAAAUAAAUACAUAUCAUAAUUUGAAAUUUUGUAAUGUUUAUGAAACUGUUUGAAAAUGUGCAGCUCCAGCUCGCAAGCUGUAUUUUUAGCAUAGUGUUGUAACAUCUUAAGGUUGACAUCUGUCAUAAGCAAAAUUAGACUUUAUUAUGGCUAAUUUGCCUCAGAUUGAACAAUGUGAUUUUUUUUUUUAAGUGUACACAUGAAAUAUACUUUUUACAAAUAUUGGAGUGGUGUAAAAACACUUGUAUUUUCUAUUGGAAAAUGCUGUCAUAAAUACAUUGUAUGCUAAUGCAGAAUAGCAGUUCUUUGCCUUUUCCCACUUUGGUUUUGUAAUAUCUCUUUUAACCACCAUUUAAAGUAGUAAUUGAUCCAAGGUAAACAUCCUGCACAUUUCUGGAGUAGUGAUUCUUGUUUUGCUUUGAUUUACACUCAUGCCGUUUGGAUUUGGUUGCCAAGGCUAUUUCUUUUUAGGUACCUUUCUCUAUUUUAACAUAAACACUACUACUUGUAAAUGGCAGUGCUUACUACUUUUUGGAAGGAAUAAGUUUUUUGUUUUCUUUUUGGUGUUCUAGCUGUUUAUUUUACCUGUCUGGAAUUGAUCUGUGUUAGGCCUUUUUAGUCUCUCAGUAGACAUUUUGCAGUAUUAGUGAUUACACUGUAUUUAAUUCACUUUCAAGUAUGAGUUUGAGUCUCUUUGAAGACUGUGAGUGACUUAGCAAAUGAGUAACUGAAUGCAGAAGCUUUUACUUCCAGAUCAUGUAAUUUAAUUCAAACCUGUUGGUAAUGACCAAAAGUAAUCACUUCUUUGUAGCCUGCAUGAAACAGUGCUCUUGAUCCUGUCCCUGAUAGCAGGGGUUCAGUCAGAAGACUUGUAACUGUGGUUGCCAUCUUUAUGGGAUUGAAGGACUGUGUUAAUAUGAUUGUGGAAUUUCUCUCUCACAUCUAAAGAAUCACAGAAUGUUUAGAGUUGAAAGGGACCUUAAAGAUCUUGCAGUCCCAACCCCCUUUCCAUGUGCAGGGACACCAGAACAGGUUGCUCCAGGCCUUCUCCAACCUGGCUUUGAAUACUAUCAGGGCUGGGGCAUCCACCCAGCCUCUCUAGGCAACCUGUGCCAGUGCCUUACCAGCCUCACAGUAAAGAAUUUCUUCUGUAUAUCUAAGCUAAAUUUACCCUCUU